AUGGCGAGUGGUUCGUUGACUGUCAAAAGCAAGAAUGCUGGGCCGGGUUCUUCCCUACGCAUCACUCCUUCCAAUUCGCCUGGUCUGAGACCUCCCCGGUCACCUAAUAAGACCUCCUUGCACCAAUCCACCCUUUCCCUCCGGACGGUUAUCGGCACGACUACAACGGACCCGAACGGCUUCUCAAGCCACGACCAAAGCAGAUCAUUUGCGCUAUGCGCCGGUUCGGCGGCCAUCCUGGCAGAACUGGAUGAUGAAUACAAUGUAAACCAGCGCUUCUUCAAAGCCCGACCCUCCGCGAGCAGCAUCAACCCGGUUACGUCUUUCUACAACCAAUCCACACCUCCAUCGACGCCCGAUACGAGAGCAAAAUCGAUAUCUAACAUCAGAGCAAAUGCGCACAAUAUCACCCACAAUGGAUCUCCGUCUAGCGACCUCCCUGAGACUAACAGCCCGCGGUCCUGGUCGUCGAGGGAAAGAAUAAAGGCGGUUACCAGUGUAUCAAUUAGCCCAAAUGGAAGAUUCCUUGCUGUUGGAGAGACUGGGUAUAACCCUCGAGUUUUGAUCUUCUCUACGGCAAAAGACGCAUCUCCGGAGAUUCCCCUGUCAAUUCUCACCGAGCACACCGUCGGCGUUCGCAGCGUCUCCUUCAGCCCUAACUCCCAGUACCUCGCCACCCUCGGUGAGGUGAAUGACGGUUUUCUCUUCGUGUGGGCUGUAAGUCUGAAGACCGGAUCAGCCAGGCUACAUUCGACAAAUAAGUGCAUCAACAUUGUUCGCCACAUGGGCUGGACGGGACAGAGUCUUGUCACCGUCGGAGUUCGGCAUGUGAAAGUAUGGCGCCUCCCAGAAACAAGACCCGUAUCGCCAUCGAAGUCUCGCCUAAAUGCGGAUCCGGCCAUUGGCUCCCCCAGCCUGGCCCCGAAAGCGCUUUCAGGACGAAACUGUCUCCUCGGGUCGUUCGGAACUUGCGUGUUCACCUGUGUCGCAGGAAUAUCAGACAGUGAAGCUGUAGUUGGCACCGAGGACGGUGCCCUUUGCCUCCUGGAUGAUAGUGAGGUAUCUCCAAAGCUAUCCCUGAUCAAGUACGUGGGGUUUGGCAUCUCCUCUUUGACCAUUGAUCCAGACCAUGGUUACCUCUGGGUCGGUGGUCGGGAAAAGAGAAUGCAGAGGUUCUCAUUGGAGUCACUUCGGCCGUCGAGCCCAAUUUCUCCAGGGCCUUCUGGUCGAACCUCAUCGAGUAAGAAGACCAAGGGACCUGCGAUCACUUGUAUGGGAUCCCUCGGAUCACAUCUAGUGUCUGUCAAUUCCAGCAAAGAAAUCCAGAUCUAUCGGGUAGAGUCAAUAAGUAAUGAUUGCGAGAGAGCACUUGCGAUCGCCGCUCACAGAGACGCGGUCCUCGGCAUUUCUCCUUUACCAGACCACAACGAACUCCAAGCCAACUUUUUCACGUGGUCGGCCAACGGGACCGUGAAAUUCUGGGAUACAGCGGGCAGGUGUAAGGACUCUAGGACAGUCACGGUAGAGCAGCCUUUGGGCAGUGAUGAAAGUCUAACAAAUGAGUUGAAAAUCUUGAGGGCGACUGAAGACCUGAAGUUGCUCGUGUCAGGAGAUAAAAUGGGUGUUCUGAGGGUCCUUUCGGGACAGUCAUGGAAAUGUGUCAAUCAGAUUCGGGCUCACGAGGCAGAGGUCACUGAUGUGGCCCUUCACGUGGUCUCUGACUCCUGUCUCAUUGCCAGUUCUGGUCGAGAUCGCAUGGUUCAGCUUUUCCGUAGCACUGACGAAAGCCUGGAGCUUGUGCAGACAAUGGAUGAUCACGUCGGGUCAGUGAAUCAGCUACUCUUCAUUAAGAACGGCGAGAAGCUUCUCUCGUGCUCCUCAGAUCGCACCGUGUUCAUUCGAGAACGCAUGACUCGAGAAACCAGUGGAGAAACAGCUAUUGCGUAUCUGGCCUCCAGGGCUGUCACGCUUAAGGCAUCUCCGGUUUCCAUGACUCUAUCUACAGAAGACCCAAAUAUUCUCAUCAUAUCCACUGUUGAUCGUUGUAUACAACAGUAUGAUCUCGAUUCGGGGAAGCAGACUCGCUCUUUCCGAACCACCGAUUCGGAUUCAAGCGACACAGUGGUCAUGACUGCCCUGAGCAUGGCUUCCCACAUUCCAGGGAAAUGUCCCACGUUGCUUAUGGGAGUCGCAAGCACAGACAAAUCAAUUCGCGUGUACGAUAUGGAACGCGAAGCACUUCUUACUGCCGAGUUCGGGCAUGCCGAGGGCGUGAGCGAUGUAUGCUUGCUGACCAGAGAUUCUGACUGCAGUGGGAAACCUCCUAGUCGGACUCUGGUUAGCGCUGGUAUGGACGGCGUCGUCAUGAUAUGGGAUUUAGUGGUGCAAGCACAGCAAUCUCCGGAUUAUACCCAAACCAACCUAUCAGAAGAGGAAGUCGAUAGUGCGUCGAAAAAAUCGACGGUCUCCAAGCCUCUGCGCAAGAUCCUAUCCAAACACGAGCUUGCUGGAUUCCAGCGGCAAGACAACAUCACAGGAACUCCAACUCCUGUGCGGGACUCCUCUCAGUCACUAGCUCGCAAAAUUUCCAAAAUCUCUCUCACACCCUCUUCCUUAAAGAACGAAAAAUCAGCUCCGGCUACUCCUCCUUUCUCAAGGUCUGACCGUCGCUCACCCCCUUCGCACUCCCGCCUGCAGAAGUUGCGCAAGUCUCCAUCCCCAAGCAGAAGAUCCACACCUGGUAAAAAGCUCGGCAACACAAACAAUCAUUCUCGUCGCAUAUCACUAGACUUCCGCUCCCGCGGCAGAAACGUGUCCAAGAGCGAAUCUGGAAGUUUAAAUAUAUCUACGGAGCAGGUUUGCCGCACAUUGAAGGCUUACCGGAAAAAAUUAAAUACCUCCACAGAGUAUCUCCACUCCCAGAAGGAACUGCAGCGCGAACUGGACCUAACACUUCGAGUCCUCGCAGCUCGACCUAAUGGUUGUGGAAAUGCUGAAACCGAGACAGACAGCAGCGGAAAGGAAAAUGAUGGAAAUCAAAAUGCCUUGCAAAGUCCACAUCGGAUGCACUCGGCUCCAAGUUUGCGCCAAAAAGGGCACAUAUAA